GUCAUUGUUCAGCGUGAGUGCUGGCUGAAGUGUUAGCAAGGCGCUAACUAGAAACACAGAGCGGUACUCGCUCCUGCGGGAUAAUAUUGUCACCGGACUUUCACAGGACAUCUCGCAGUUUUCGGAUUUUACAAUGAGCAAGAGGAAAGCUCCACAGGAGUCCCUAAACGAGGGAAUAACUGACUUUCUUGUCGAACUGGCUAACUACGAGAAAAAUGUCAACAGGGCAAUACAUAAGUACAAUGCAUACAGGAAAGCAGCAUCCACUAUUGCUAAGUAUCCUAACAAGAUUAAAAGUGGAGAAGAGGCGAAGAAACUGGAUGGAGUUGGUGCUAAAAUAGCUGAAAAGAUCGAUGAGUUCUUGCAAACUGGAAAACUUAGAAAACUUGAAAAGAUCAGAAAUGACGACACCAGCUCUUCCAUAAAUUUCCUCACCAGAGUCACUGGAAUCGGGCCUGCUGCUGCUAGGAAGUUUUUUGAAGAGGGGGUGAAGACACUGGAUGAUUUGAAGAAGGUAGAGCACAAGCUAAAUCACCACCAAAAGAUUGGACUCAAGUACUUUGAAGAAUUUGAGAAAAGGAUCCCAAGAGCUGAAAUGGAAAAGAUGGAGGUUCUUAUUCUGGGGGAAUUAAAGAAAAUUGGUCCAGAAUAUAUUGGAACAAUCUGUGGAAGCUAUAGGAGAGGUGCAGCAUCGAGUGGUGAUAUUGAUAUUUUAUUGACUCACCCAAAUUACACUUCUCAAACAGAGAAGCAGCCAAAGCUUCUUCAUGCUGUGGUCGAUCAUUUGGAGUCCAUUGGGUUUGUGACCGACACUCUGUCCAAAGGAGACACCAAGUUCAUGGGAGUCUGCCAGCUGCAGGACACUGAUGAUGACGAGGAAGAACAUCUUCACAGGCGCAUUGAUAUUAGGUUAAUUCCCAAGGACCAGUACUACUGUGGAGUUCUGUAUUUCACUGGAAGUGACAUCUUUAAUAAGAACAUGAGGACUCAUGCUCUGGAGAAGGGCUUCACUCUGAACGAGUACACCAUCAGGCCACUUGGUGUCACUGGAAUGGCGGGAGAGCCUCUGUUGGUGGACAGUGAGAGAGACAUCUUUGAAUACAUCCAGUACAGAUACAGAGAGCCGAAAGAUCGCAGCGAGUGAAGGAAAUCGACAGCAAUCCUGCCAACAUGGAUUAAACGAUGUUUGUUUUCCACUUACUCAUGACCCUAAAAAAAAGAGUAAAUGUGAAAAGAAUUUUAAUUAUAAGAGUUGGAUAUUUUCCCCAGCUUAAAUUGAAAUGAUCUUCACAUUCUGGACUUAAUAUUUAUUUAUAACACUUCACCUUCCUGCCUCAUGAAAGUGCUUUUGCUUUAUUUUUAGGGUUUUAAAUCAUGUCAACUGUAGAUUCAUUUUUAGAUUUUGUUUUUGGUAAACCAAAAAAGGAGUUAUAAACGUACAUGAGCCACUUAAUGUGGAUAGUCUGUUGCAUUUUGUUUGUUCAUCCUGAAUGUGUGUGGUUUUGAUUUUUAUUAUUGUACUACAUUAAUAUUUUAGUUUGUUGUUUAGACAAUGAAAAUGUUACAAUAAUGCGCCAUUGGAUUGACGGUUAGCAAUAUGGUAAUCAAACCAGAUGAGAGUAGUAUUCUCAGCAUUUAAAUUUGAUUUUGUUGAAUGUUGGGUUUAAUUAAUCUAUUGUAUGAGAUGAGGAAAAGACAACAUCCAGUGUUGAACCAUUUCAGAAUGUGUUCUUUUUCCAGGAAGGCAGUAAAACUGAUACUUGUAAUAUGGUUACUUUCAGGUUUGUGCAAAUAUGUCAGAAGUUUUUUAUGAAGAAAAUGAAACGUGAAGCAUUGCUGUCACUAGAUUGAAAUAAACUGGAAGAAACAGUUACAUUUUAAAGUCUA